AUGGUCAAUGAGUUGACGGAGUUCAGUGGCAUCUGGGCGCCGACAUUACGUUACCAUGACGAGGCUUUCUGGGUCGUUACGACCCUCGUGGACGACGAGAAGGACGCGGCUGAUGCAUCGAGAUGGGACAAUAUCAUCUUCAAAGCCAAGGACCCAUACGAUUUAAAAUCAUGGUCCGACGCUGUUCACUUCGAGUUCGAGGGCUACGACACGGAGCCUUUUUGGGAUGACGAUGGAAAGACUUAUCUGAACGGAGCCCAUGCCUGGAAGAUGGGUCCCUGGAUACAACAGACAGAGGCCAAUCUUGACACGGGAGAAGUUGGAGAAUGGAAGACCAUCUGGAGCGGAACCGGUGGCAUGGCACCGGAAGGACCGCACAUUUAUCGCAAAGAUGGCUGGUACUAUCUAUUGGCUGCCGAAGGUAUGAUUUCGAACGCCAACAUGAAAUAUGUAGCAAAACUGAGGGACAUCACAGGCGGCACUGGGCUCGGCCACAUGGUCACAAUGGCCCGUUCCAACAACAUCGACGGCCCCUACGAGUCGAACCCAGCAAACCCGAUCCUUACUAACGCCAACACGACCGAUUACUUCCAGACGGUUGGGCAUGCCGACCUGUUCCAGGACCAUUCCGGCAACUGGUGGAGCGUCGCACUCGCCACGAGAUCUGGUCCCCAGUGGCAUCAUUUCCCCAUGGUGCGGGAAACUGUCUUGACCGCUGCCACGUGGAAUGAAGGGGAGUGGCCGUAUUUGACUCCUGUUGCGGGCAAAAUGAGUGGUUGGAAAAUGCCUGCAGAGAACCUGGAAGUGAAAGGUCCGGGGUAUGGUCGAAUGCUCUAUUCCCCAAUGAUGAUUGCCGCUGAUCACCUUAGCCCCUGGGUUUCUCUGGGAGACGUCGAAGGUGAUGUGAUCAACUUCGCUCCGAACUCGACUGUCCCAGCUCACUUCACGCACUGGCGCUAUCCCAUCGAGAGUUCGUAUGCUGUCUCGCCCCCCGAACAACCCAACAGCCUACGUCUGACACCGUCGAAACUAAACCUCACAGCCCUCAAUGGCAACUACGCGGGCGCGGAAGGACAGACGUUUGUCGGGAGACGUCAACAGGACACUCUCUUCAGCUACAGUGUGGAUAUCGACUUUAAGCCGACCGAGGUGGAAGAGGAGGCAGGUGUAUCGGUGUUUCUCACACAAAACCACCACUUUGACUUGGGCGUGGUCUUGCUGCCCGCGAACGCCAGCACACAGGCGUUUCCCGGACAGAACUCGACCAUAGUCAAGGAUCCGGACGAGCUAAAGCUUCAUCUCAGGUUCCGCGGCGAGUCGUAUGCCCCUAUUCCCGCCAACAUCGUGGCACCUGUGCCGGAGGGGUGGGUUGGCGCGCCGCUCCAACUGGAGAUCAAGGCAUUCAACAUGACACAUUACGCGUUUUCCUGCGGCCCUGCCGGAGCGGCUUCGCGCAUGCAGACACUCUUGCAUGCGUCCAAUGCCGCUCUGAGCUGGGGAUUUACUGGGGUAUUCCUGGGCAUCUACGCAACUAGCAACGGUGGGCCGGGAACCACACCUGCGUAUAUAUCAAACUGGAAAUACACUCCUCAGGGGCAAUUCAGAGACUGA